AUGAAGGAAGAGGUAAAGAGAAUCCCUGUAAAAGUAGCACUACGUUGUCGCCCUCUGGUCGCUAAAGAGAUCAGUGAGGGCUGCCACAUGUGCCUUUCCUUUGUGCCAGGGGAACCUCAGGUACUGGUCGGUAAGGACAAAUGCUUUACUUAUGAUUUUGUGUUUGACCCCUCUGCUGAGCAGGAAGAGGUCUUUAAUACCGCGGUUGCACCACUCAUUAGGGGUGUAUUUAAAGGAUACAAUGCAACUGUCCUGGCCUACGGGCAGACUGGCUCUGGGAAAACCUAUUCAAUGGGAGGUGCGUACACUGCAGAGCAAGAGAAUGAGCCCACGAUUGGGGUCAUUCCUAGGGCCAUAGACCUGCUCUUCAAAGAAAUUGAUAAAAAGCAUGACUUUGAAUUUACUCUGAAAGUAUCUUACUUGGAGAUUUACAAUGAAGAAAUUUUAGACCUUCUGUGCUUGUCUCAAGGGAAAACUCCUCACAUAAAUAUCCGGGAAGAUCCCAAGGAAGGCAUAAAGAUGAUAGGACUCACCGAGAAGACUGUUGUUGUUGCCUUGGACACUAUUUCCUGUUUGGAGCAGGGCAACAACUGUAGGACUGUGGCCUCUACGGCUAUGAACGCCCAGUCCUCCCGAUCUCAUGCUAUCUUCACCAUUUCCAUAGAGCAAAGAAAGAAAAACGACAAGAACAGCAGCUUUCACUCCAAGCUGCACCUUGUAGACCUCGCUGGAUCAGAAAGACAGAAGAAAACCAAAGCAGAAGGAGAUCGUCUAAAAGAAGGGAUUAAUAUUAACCGAGGUCUCCUAUGCUUGGGGAAUGUAAUCCGUGCUCUUGGAGAUGACAGAAAGGGAAGCUUUGUGCCCUACAGAGAUUCCAAACUGACUCGACUGCUUCAGGAUUCUCUAGGAGGUAACAGCCAUACACUCAUGAUAGCCUGUGUAAGUCCUGCUGAUUCCAAUCUGGAGGAAACAUUAAAUACCCUUCAGUAUGCUGACAGAGCAAGGAAAAUAAAAAACAAACCUGUUAUUAACAUUGAUCCCCAGACAGCUGAACUUAAUCAACUUAAGCAACAGGUACAACAGCUUCAGGUUUUGUUGCUGCAAGCCCGUGGAGGUGCCCUGCCUGGGUCUCUAAAUAUGGAACCAUCAGAGAACCUACAAUCCCUGAUAGAGAAGAAUCAGUCCCUAGUAGAGGAGAACGUGAAACUAAGCCGUAGUCUGAGCGAGGCAACUGGUGAGACCGUACAAAUGUUGGAAAGGAUCAUUUUGAUGGAACAAACAAAUGAAAAACUGAAUAUGAAAUUAGAAGAGCUCAGACAGCAUGCAGCCUGUAAGCUGGACCUUCAAAACCUAGUGGAGAAUCUGGAAGACCAGGAAUUAAAAGAAAAUGUAGAGGUAAUUUGCCAUCUGCAACAAGUGAUUCUCCAGCUGUCCAAAGAAACUGUACCUUGCAUAGCUACAGCCACUAAUACUACAUUAGAAGAAGAAGCUCAAAUGCAAAGCAGUUCAGAGACUAGCAGCGGGUCUUCUGAUGCUUUCACUACCCAUCACGCUUUGCGACAAGCCCAGAUGUCAAAGCAGCUGCUUGAGUUGAACAAAGCUCUGGCACUGAAAGAGGCCUUGGCCAAGAAGAUGACUCAGAAUGACAGUGAACUAAACCCCAUUCAGUUAAUGUACCAGGAUAACAUAAAAAAUCUAGAAUUGGAAGUGAGUCAGCUGCAAAGAAAAAAAGAAGACUUAAUUCUCGAACUUCAGACAGCAAAAAAGGACAUUAACCAGGCCAAGCUGAGUGAGUGCCGUCGCAAACGUCUCCAAGAGCUUGAGAGUCAAAUAGCUGAUUUGAAAAAGAAGCUACAUGAACAUUUCAAGCUUCUGAAAAUGAAGGAAUCCACAGAGCACACUGUGACCAAACUGAACCAGGAGAUAGCAAUAAUGAAAAACCAGCGAGUCCAGUUAAUGCACCAGAUGAAGGAGGAUGCAGAAAAGUUUAGACAGUGGAAGCAACAAAAAGACAAAGAAGUAAUCCAGUUAAAAGAACAGGACCGUAAGAGGCAAUAUGAGCUUCUCAAACUUGAGAGAAACUUCCAGAAACAGUCCAGUGUACUCAGACGUAAAGCUGAAGAGGCAGCAGCUGCCAACAAGCGUCUCAGAGAUGCUCUCCAGAGGCAACAGGAGGGUGCAGAUAAGCGAAAACAGACUCAGAGCCGUGGAAUGGAAGGCACCGCAGCACGAGUGAAAAGUUGGCUUGGGAGUGAAAUCGAGGUUAUGGUGAGUAUUGAGGAAGCCAAACGUCAUUUGAAUGACCUCCUUCAAGACAGAAAGAUCCUGGCUCAGGACCUGGCUCAGCUUAAGUCAAAAAAAGAAUCUGAGGAGAAUCCACCUCCUAAACUUCAAAGGCGUACAAUCUCACUUGCUGAAAUGCCUGCUCAAGUUUCAGAGUCAGAGGAUUCUACUAAAAAGCAGAUUGAAAGCUUAGAGACUGAAAUAAAACUCAGGAGCGCUCAGAUUGCCGACUUCCAACAGAAGCUUCUGGAUGCAGAAAGUGAAGACAGGCCCCCCAAAACCUGGGAGAACAUUACUACGAUUCUGGAAGCCAAGUGCGCCCUGAAAUACUUAAUUGGAGAGCUGGUCUCUUCCAAAUUACAGGUCAGCAGUCUUGAAAGUAGCCUGAAACAGAGCAAGGCCAGCUGUGCUGACGUGCAGAAGAUACUGUUUGAGGAACGAAAUCGUUUUGCUGAGAUAAAGACAGAGUUUCAAGCUGACCUGGUCAGAGUGGAGCAGCAGAACCAGGAGAAGGUGCUGUAUCUCCUCAGCCAGCUGCCGCAAAGCCGGGCAGCUGAGAAGCAGCUGGAGGAGACAGGUAGCGUGACAGAACAACAGCUGCUGAGCACUCUACACUGUCAGGAGGAAGAGCUUAAGAAGAUGCAAGAAGUAUGCGAGCAAAAUCGGAAGCUUCUCCAGGAAAAUGAAAAACUCAAGCAGAAACUGCACCUAUUUCACGCAGUCAACAGGCAGAAAUCUCAUGUUCCUGAGGAAAUGUCCUCCUCCUCAGACUCCUCCUUUGACUAUAUCCCUCCUAAGCCAAAACCAUCCCAUGGUAAAGUAAAGAUCCCAGAACAAAGCAUGGACAUGGAGGAUCUAAAAUGUUAUUCAGAGCAUUCUGAGAAUGAGGAAGAUGCUGGUGAUGGUGAUGAUGGGGAUGAUGAGGAAUGGAAGCCAUCAAAAUCAAUUAAGGUACCCCGGAAGAACAUCCAACGGUGUUCCUGCAAGGGCUGGUGUAGGAACAAGCAGUGUGGGUGCAGGAAGCAAAACCUGUGCUGCGGUGCGGUCUGCAGCUGUAAUGCUAUGAAGUGUAAGAACCGCCAGCAAAGCCAGGAAAGUUUGAGCACUGUUGAGUGGACCCAGGAUUCUGAAGGCUCCUUCAGCCUGGAAGAUCCCACAGAGGUGACUCCGGGAUUGAGCUUCUUUACCCCUGUCUGUGCCACUCCCAGUAGCAAGAUCCUGAAAGAGAUGUAUGACAGGGAACAGGUACUAGCAAAAAAGACCGCUCCGCCUCUCUCUUCCUUUGAUGUCUCAGAGCUCAAACACAUAGCAACAAGACCCCAAGGGAACAAGGCUCCAGGGAAGAAGAAGAAGCGCACUCUGGCCAGCAAUGCCAGCUUCUUCUCUGGCCUCUCCUCUAUGGAAGAAGAGGCCCACUGAGUUGGAAUCAUCAUCUGUAUCCUGUAGUCUGCCUUGGGAAACACCUACAAGUUGCAGCCAGGAUGGGGCUUUGAAUGGCUUUUCGGGAUUUGUUGAGUGGACAGAAUGCUACUGAAAGAAAGGUGACUGUCACUGAAUGUUGGCCCUGUCUCCUGAGGUCCCCAGUACUUCUACUCUUUCUUCUCCAGAAAGUGCUACACCACCUACUGAAGAGACCACACUGACCUCUCCCCAGGGGCUCAUCAGGAACCAGUGCCUGGUAGCAUGCGGCUCUCUCCUGCUUGUGAGCUGAUGUCUGAUGCCUGAUUCUGAGGAAGAGGAGAAGGAGGAGGCUUUCCUUUCAGGUCAUCUCAGCUUACCAGGGAAGCCAGCCCAGGACCUGACUCAAGUCCUGCAGCCCACUUCAAGAAGC